AUGUCGAGCUUCAAGGCCUUCCUCGCGCAGAAGCAGGCCGGCGGCGUCCAGGUCGGCGUGCGGCACUGGAGCGGCAAGGCCGACGCCGACGCGCGGCAGCGGGUCUGCUCCACGUCCCAGCCCUGCCGCUGCGCGCCGUCGACGAAGCGGCACCGCGUCGGCGCGGACGCGCUCGUGAGCGUCAUCGCUCCCACGACGGGCGCGCGCGCGGAGCUCCACGCGGCGCUCUACGCGUCCUUCGCUCGCCAGCGACACGCGAAGAAGGAGCUGCUCGUGCUCGACACGGGCGCCGCGGCGCCGUCGCCGUUCUUCGCGGCCCUCGACGACGCCCGCGUGCGCUACGUCCACGAGCCGGACCUCGUCACCGGCGACGACGGCGACGCCGAGAAGGUCGGCAUCAAGCGGAACCGGCUCUGCGCGAUGGCGCGGGGCGACGCGAUGGCGUGCUUCGACGACGACAACGUCUACGGGCCCGACUAUCUGACGGUCAUGCUCCAGCAUCUGGCCGCGUCGGGCUCCCAGCUGCUGACGCUGGGCGCGUACUACACGGCGGAGAUCGCCGGCGACGGCUUCAACGGCGGCUGGCUCAACAGCAACCGCGGCGCGGCGUCGGACCGCUACCUCGAGAUCCGCGGCGUCGUCGUCGGCCGCGCGCGCAAGUGCUGGGACAAGCGCGGCGAGACCUUUUUCUUUUCGAAGGAUGCCUUCGACCGGGGGCGCGCGCGCUUCACGGAGUCGAAGAGCUGCGGCGAGGAGGAGGCCUUUUACAGGGGCGACGACUUCCACGCGGUCGUCGACGAUUUUGGUAUCUUCGUACACGUGGACCACGGCAAGAACACGGGCGCGCCGCUGUCGAACGACUACAACCGGCGCGACCUGCCGGCCGAGCUCGCCGCGUUGCUGCGCGAGCAGCUGCCGUGCUACCGGCGGUUCGCGGCCGCGGUGGCCAACGGCACGGCGUGCGCCGAGAUCGCCUACGAGCCCAACGUCGACGGCUGGGUCCAGAAGCCCGCGCGGCGCGCCGGGGCGUAA